AUGUAUUCUUCAUACUCUGUAGCAGCGGCUACUUGCAGCUUUGUUUUCCCUGUCCUCGCAGGUAUCGCGGUCUAUUUUCGCUUCCACGCUCGAAGAAUACAAUCGAUACCUUACAAAGCUGAUGACUAUCUUAUACUUGCUGCAAUGUUAUUAGCAAUUGUUCUUGCAUGUAUUGUCUUUGAAGGGUCGUUUCGGGGCAGCAUCGGUCAACCACUCUCGACAUUAACCCCAGAGCAGUAUACUGUGCUUUCAAAGCAUCUGUAUUUGGCUGUGAUAUUCUCCCAGUUGUCCUGUGGUAUUGUCAAGUGUUCAGUUCUUAUGUUCUACAAACGGAUUUUUGCAACAUCCAAGUUCCAUUUAGCCGCCAAUAUUACACUAGUCGCCGUUUCGCUUUGGAUAUUAGCAAGCUUUUUUACACAAAUUUUCUCAGCCUGGCCUGUAUCAGACUGGUGGACCUUCGGGAAAUCAUUUGACAUGAAUUACGGUGCUAUGGUUACCUCUUUUGCGGCGAUGGAUAUUUUUCUCGAUGUCCUCAUUCUUUGCCUUCCACUGCCUGUCAUCAAGCACCUGCAAAUGACACGAACGCGCAAAUUUCAAAUUGUGGGUAUCUUCUGGCUAGGCAUUUUCUGCGUUGUUUCUGCCUCCGUUCGUAUGUACUAUGCAUACCAACUCAGCUUCACUGCUUCCAAACCAGCCGUUGCGUUCACCCCAUUAUUUGCAGAUGAUUCUACGAGUUCUUUAAUCUGGGGCCAAAUCGAACCUUGUACAUCGAUUAUCGCAGGAUGUCUUCCUUGUCUUACCCCAUUAUUUAGAGGAAUACGAUCUCCAGAUUCACUGAUCCGAAGUGCCCGGAGCUUUCGCUCCAUAUUUUCACGCAGCCAACCCCCUUCUAUGACUUCACUUGGACGUAAGGCUACAGAUGAAGAGAGUCAAAGGGAAGAUUCAACCAGGGAAUGGCACAGAUUACAGGAAAUAAGCAACAAACAAUCUGUAUACACUGGUGGGGUUGAUACGGGGCAGCCGGCAGAGAAUCUAGAGCACCAAGAAGGAAUCUUCAUGCAGCGAUCAUUCGCCAACACUGUUGAGUCCGCUGGUUAUUCUGGUCAACUAGGUCGUUAG